UUCAGUCUCGCGAGACAUCCGGGUUCUCGGUAGAUUCCUUUCCUCUUUCUCUCGCCCCCACCUCCGUCUCGUCACGGUCAGCGCGGGAAGGCGACGCAAGAACUGUGCUGCAGCUGCUGGGUGGGAGGAGGGGGGAGCCAGCCGGGAAAAGUCCGGGUUAAAAGGAGCAACUGAGUCAGUCAGAGAAAGCCCUCCCAAAAUGGCGUGUACAGAGCAGAGAGAGCCAGAAGAUUACAAGAGGAGGGGAAGAAGAUCUUCACAGGGUCAUGAUCCUAAGGAACCAGAACAACUGAGAAAGCUGUUUAUUGGUGGCCUGAGUUUUGAAACAACAGAUGAUAGUUUAAGAGAACACUUUGAAAAAUGGGGCACACUCACAGACUGUGUGGUGAUGCGAGACCCACAGACAAAGCGUUCCCGAGGCUUUGGUUUUGUAACCUACUCUUGUGUGGAAGAGGUGGAUAGUGCAAUGGCUGCUCGACCACAUAAGGUUGAUGGACGUGUGGUAGAACCAAAGAGAGCAGUUUCCAGAGAAGACUCUGUGAAACCUGGUGCCCAUUUAACAGUAAAGAAAAUAUUUGUUGGGGGAAUUAAAGAAGACACAGAAGAAUAUAAUUUAAGAGAAUAUUUUGAAAACUAUGGCAAGAUUGAAACCAUAGAAGUAAUGGAAGAUAGGCAGAGUGGAAAGAAAAGAGGAUUUGCUUUUGUGACAUUUGAUGAUCACGAUACAGUUGACAAAAUUGUUGUUCAGAAAUACCACACCAUAAAUGGACAUAAUUGCGAAGUGAAAAAAGCUCUCUCCAAGCAAGAAAUGCAGACAGCCACUGCUCAGAGAAGUCGUGGGAGCAACUCGGGCAAUUUCAUGGGCCGUGGUGGAAGUUUUGGAGGUGGUGGUGGUGGUGGAGGAGGAGGAAGUUUUGGCCGAAGUAGCAGCUUUGGGGGCAGAGGAGGUUAUGGUGGUGGAGGUGGCGGCGGCGGCGGCAGCAGAGGGAGUUUUGGGAGUGGUGAUGGAUACAAUGGUUUUGGAGAUGGUGGAAGUUAUGGAGGCAGUCCUGGAUAUGGUGGCAGAGGAGGUUAUGGUGGUAGCCCAAGCUACGGAAACCCAGGUGGUGGAUAUGGUGGUGGAGGUGGAGGCUAUGAUGGUUACAACGAAGGAGGAAACUUUGGUGGCAACUACGGUGGCAGUGGAAACUACAGUGAUUUUGGAAAUUAUGGUGGACAGCAGCCAUCAAAUUAUGGACCCAUGAAAGGAGGUGGCAGUUUUGGUGGUAGAAGCUCAGGCAGUCCUUAUGGUGGUGGCUAUGGAUCAGGAGGAGGAAGUGGUGGCUAUGGUGGAAGAAGAUUCUAAAAACUGUAGCAAGAUACAGGCUACAGUUCUUAGCAGGAGAGAGCGAGGAGUUGUCAGGAAAGCUGCAGGUUACUUUGAGACAGUCGUCCCAAAUGCAUUAGAGGAACUGUAAAAUCUGCCACAGAAGGAGCGAUGAACCAUAGUCAGAAAAGUUACUGCAGCUUAAACAGGAAACCCUUCUUAAAGACUGUCAUAGCCACAGUUUGCAAAGAGUGCAGCUAUUGAUUUGAUGCAAUGUAGUGUUUAGAUGUACAUUCCUGACUUUUUUAUUUGUUGUUGUAGCUUUGUCUUUUCUUCAUAAAAUCAGGUAUAUUGCCCUGUAAAUUUGUGGUAGUGGUACCAGGAAUUAAAAACAAUUAAGGAACUUUUACUUUUUCAAUACUUGUGUAGUUCAGUUUUUUCUUACUGAAAUUUCUUUAAAGAAAUGUAGUUUUAGGGUAUAUUCUUGCUAGGCAAAAAUCAGUUCAUUAUAAUCUGUAUUAAUUUAAACUAUAGAACUGCUGAAUCACUUAAGAACCUUAGUUUUUCUGCAUAUGUAACCGAAUGAAAUGAGUUGCACAUGCAUAGGGAGAGAGAUGUUUGCAUUAAAGCUUGUUUAGCUGUAUAACUAGGACUUGAGUCAUUUAACUUAGUGCUUGUGAAUGAUAAGUUUUACUUUCAAAUGAAAAUUCUAGAUACUUUUGG